CUUCUUGUUGCCGACCACUAUGUCUGGUGCAUAAUGUUUCAAGCCUAUUUUGAUUCAUAUGGCUGCCUUCUUUUUGAUCUGUCAACUGUCAAUCGAAAAAUUUACUAUCAAAAAUCAAAAUGUUGAGGUUACCAAUUAAAAUAUCGUCCUUUAUUACAAAGUGGAGUCGAAAUUUGCACUAUGUUAGCCCAACAGUUCGACCAUCUUUAACUAUAAAUCAGAUUACAAUUUCCCAGAUUCCUGCAGUCGAAUGUGUUUUGAAGUUUUCCCUUACUCCUUUCAAAAAUAAGAUCAUAAACGAUCUACCCUUGAAUAAUGUAAUAAUUGAAAACCCAAGAGACUCACUUUUAAAUGAAAUAAGAGAUAUAAUCAAAAAUGAAAACAUAAAACACAUGCCAGGUCAAGACAACAAUUUAAAUGCGAUUCAGGCGGCAAGACUUAUUGUCAUUAGAAGAAGGAAGAUGAAGAAACACAAGCUCAAGAAACUGAGGAAAAAGAUGAAUUUCGAAUGGGCAAAGGUUCGUCAAAGGAGGGAAAUGAGAAAGGAAAAAGCAUUUCAGGCUGGGCUAAUAUCACAAAUUAAGACAGCUGAGAGGUUCUCCGCAGACCAAUACGUAAAGUCUAAAUUGCAAGAAGCCAAUGAAACUCCAAUUCCAAGGUUCUGGAGGGGUAAACGAUUGCCUCAGUUCAUUAUUAAGCAGAAACUAGGACUUUAAUAAAAAAGAUAAUAUUAAAAUAAUAUUAUUAUAAAAAUUA